CCGCAGGAGGCGGAGAGGCUGCGGGGAAAGUCUGGCGGGAGUGGGGUGAGAUCCAGACGUGCCCCGGGUGAAAGGGGGUCUCUUUCCGUGCAAAGGGAGGCGGAGGAAGGAGAGACCAGCGGCCGGCCCUCCUCCGGGUUCAGCCCCGGAUCCCAUGCUUCCCCCUCUCCAUGCAGGGGGAAGCAGAGCUCCAGAGGAGCAGGAAAAGAACCGGGGAUGCCAGUAAGGCGGCGGGGAUCCGGGGGUCCUUUCCCGGCUCGUGUCCGGUGAAGAGCCCGAGUGGGGGUGAGGAGGGCCGGUCUUGCGGAGGCCCACCAGGAGAGAAGCCGGGAGAGGCAUGAUUACGUGAGCCUGUCUGCUGUCAGAGGGAGACUCGGGUCUCCAAAGGCCACCCUGAAGAAGGAAAGGGGUCAUCUUCAACCAGGGUCAUUUCCUGGCAUUUCAUUUAACUGGAACUGAGCUUUCGUGGUUUGUUCGCCUGUUUUUGCGUUUGGCAGGUGGUGUGAACCCUACUUGGGACCUAAAUGUAGAUCUAGGUUUUAGAAAGGAAGCCCUUUCUUGCAAGUAAAAAUAUAAAAUAUUCCAAAGUUUAGCAGAAUAUGAAACAGACUAUUCUGUAACAGAACCCAUCUUCUGAAUGAAAAGGGAUUUCGACAUCUAAAACAUUCCUUGGAGUUCGUCUAUAGACAGUGACAGGAUGGAGACACAACUUUUAGCAAGUGAGACAACGGAAAAAGAUUCUUCCGCUGUUCAGGAUGGAAGCUGUGGGGAGACACAACUUUUAACAAGUGAGACAACGGAAAAAGAUUCUCCGGCUGUUCAGGAUGGGAGCUGUGGAGAUACACAACUUUUAGCAAGUGAGACAACGGAAAAAGGUCCUUCUGCUGUUCAGGAUGGAAGCCCUGGGGAGAUCUCGGCAAGCACUGGGCAGGAGAUCCUGGAGGAGGAAACCACCAUCCAUUCAGAAGUUCAGCCCCACAACUUCAGGAGUGUCCAGGAGGCUGAGGGUCCCCGAGGACUUUUUAGUCAACUCCAUGAAUUUUCUAGGCAAUGGCUGAAAAGGGAAAAUCACACCAAAGCGCAGAUGCUGGACUUGGUUGUUCUCGAGCAGUUCUUAGCCCUUCUGCCCCCAGAGAUGGAGAGCUGGGUACGGGAGUGUGGAGCAGAGACCAGCUCCCAGGCGGUGGCCCUGGUGGAAGGCCUCCUCCUGAGUCAGGUGGAGGAGCAGGAGUUGCAGUCCGUUGUGGAGAUCGGGGAUCUUGAGGAAAGGAGGAAUCCAAAAAAUCCCUCUCCAGAACUGUUUUUCCGGAGGUUCUCUCAGGAAGAUCCAAGUCAGGACACCUCAGGAGGUCUUUGUGGUGGGGAUGGAGUGGUUAGACCCCCAAAUCAAGAAGGUCCUGUGUCCUUCAAGGAGGUGUCUGUAUAUUUCUCUGAGGAGGAGUGGUCUCAGCUGGAUCCUGACCAAAAAGCGCUGUAUUGGGAAGUCAUGCUGGAAAAUCAUAGGAACGUGGCCUCUUUGGCCGAAGAUGGGCAGGAGAAUAAAUAUUCCUAUGAACUAUUACAAGGGAUAACUGUUGGAGAGAGAAUGGAGACAUCUGCAAUUGGAAUUGAAGUAGAAACAUAUGAGAAAAACCAGUCUGAUAAUUGGAAUCAGGAAAGCUCAUCUUCCACUGAUGCUCUAGUGCAAGACUUUGUGGUCCAACAAGGGAAAAUAAAGGAAUAUAUUGGGAAAAGUGUGAAGCAUAUCAAAGACAAAUUAGAUGCAAAUGGACAAUAUCCAGACCAAACUAAUGGAGAAGGUAAUAUAUUCAGCGACAAUGGAAAAGAUUAUAACUGGACAUUCACUCCUUCUCAUGGAAAUAGGUCCCUUUCAUCUCAAAAUAGGGCCCACGCAGAAGAGAAAGAAUCUAAAAAUUGGGAACAUGGACAGACAUUUAGAAAAGGCAGUCAACUUACUUCCCAUAACUGGAUCCACACAGGUGAGAAGCCAUAUAAAUGCAGAGAGUGUGGCAAGUGCUUCAGAAAAUACAGUAAUCUUAGUUCUCAUAAAAGGAUCCACACAGAGCAGAAUCCACAUAAAUGCAUGGAGUGUGGGAAGACUUUUCCUUAUCCCAGUAAACUUAUUACGCAUGAAAUAGUUCACAAAAAGGAGAAGCCAUAUAAAUGCCGAGAGUGUGGUAAGAGCUUCAAGACAAGCAGGUGUUUCACUUCCCAUAAAAGAAUCCAUACGGGAGAAAAACCCUAUCAAUGCACAGAGUGUGGAAAGAACUUUAGGUUGCGGCAACAACUUACUUUACAUAACUGGAUCCACACAGGGCAGAAACCAUAUAAAUGCAGAGAAUGUGGAAAAACCUUUGCUUAUCCCAGUAAACUUACUACACAUGAAAUAGUUCACAAAAAUGAGAAGCCAUAUAAAUGCAGAGAGUGUGGUAAGAGCUUCAAGGCAAUCAGUUAUCUUACUUCCCAUAAAAGAAUCCACACAGGGGAAAAACCCUAUCAAUGCAUGGAGUGCGGAAAGAGCUUUAGGUCAAAUCAUCAACGUACUUUACACAACUGGAUCCAUACAGGGCAGAAGCCAUAUACAUGCAUGGAGUGUGGAAAGAACUUUGCUCGGAACAGUUCUCUUACUUUACAUAAAAGGAUCCACACGAGAGAAGCCAUAUACAUGCAUGGAGUGUGGGAAGACUUUUGCUCGGAACAGUCAACUUACUUCCCAUACGAUGAACCACACAGGGGAGAAACCAUAUGAACGCACAGACUGUAGAAUGGAUUUCUGUGAAUAUGCAUUGCUUAUAAAACAUAAAAGGACCCACACAGGGGGAAAGCCAUAUAAAUGCAUGGAGUCUGAAAAGAGCUUUGCUUGGAACCAUCAAAUUAGUUGCCAUAAUAGAAUCCACACAGGGAAGAAAUCAUACAAAUGCAUGGCAUGUUGAAAAGGCUUUACUGCAAAUGAUGACCUUAUUUUACAUAAGAAGAUCCAGAAAUUCCAAAGUAGCCGAAUGUUGAUCACAUCAUUGCAGGUCACAUAAUUUUGAGAUGCAGCUGAAAUUCUCUUUUGGGGAGGGGGAGUGCCUUUAAUUUGAACAAAUGUUAAAUAAAUGGUUGUAAAUUGA